AUGCCCUCGCCCCGCUUGAGACCGUUCGUUGGCUCGUUGAGACCGCUCUUUACUCCCUUGCAACCCCAGCUACGCCGCUACUCGACUCCAUCGACUCCAGUCGCCCGCCGUUCGCUGGUUGACAUCGCUCUCAUCGGGGUCGCUGGAGCAAGCGCAGUGGGCUGGAUGGUCUGGCGCAACAGAACGAAGGAGGAGGAAGUUGUCGAAGGCGACGCAGCGAGCUUUACAAUUCCUGUUCUCGCGCAAACCGGCACACCCGGCACAAAAACCCUCACCCGCCUAACCCCGUCCGAAACGAACGCUCGCUUGAAGGAGAACGAGGCAUCGUUCGCUGUCCAGCGACGAAACAAUCCCGUCAUCAGGUACGACACCAACAACCUCGCAUCCAACUCGCCCAUCGAAGACGACUCGUGCUGCGUCAUCCUCGAGCGAGACCACUCGAGCAAAGUUCAAGGCGACCUCAUCUUCUUCGGCGUUUUUGACGGACACGGCGGCUGGCAGACCUCUCGACUACUUUCCUCGUCGCUCGUCUCGUACGUCGCGAAGGAGCUAGACCUCGUCUUCCGCGGCUCCGACACCUACCUCUCCCUCCUUGACCCAAAACCCACUCCCUCCGGCUCGUCCCUCUGGUCCCUCUUCGGCGGCAAAUCGAACGACGCGCCGAAACCCCAGCUCGACGUGCACGACCCGAUCAUGCAGCAAGCGAUCAAGAACGCCUUUGGCAAGAUGGACCAGGAAAUCGUCUCGGCGCCUAUCCGGCUACUCGAAAAGCUGCAGAAGGAGGGCAAGCUGCCGGACAUGAAGCAGGGCGGGAUCGGGAUCGAGCAGUCUGAGGCGCUCAAUACGCUCUUGCCGGCGCUGAGCGGCAGCUGCGCGUUGUUGGCGUUCCUGGAUGCGGGGAGGAACAAGCUGCAUGUCGCGUGUACGGGUGAUUCGAGGGCGGUGAUGGGUGUCUGGGUACCGGACGGUCAGGGCGGAGGUCAAUGGCGGGUCGAGCCCUUGAGCGAGGAUCAAACUGGGCGAAACCCGUCAGAAGUCGCUCGUGUCCAGAGCGAACACCCCGCGAACGAAGUCGACACCGUCAUCAGCCGCGGACGCGUGCUCGGCGGUCUCGAGCCGACGAGGGCGUUUGGCGACGCGCGCUACAAGUGGCCGCCUGGGACGCAGCAGAAGCUCGCGAACGCCUUCCACCCUGGUUCCGUCCGCGGUCCGCCUCGAAACUACCACACGCCUCCAUACGUUACCGCAACGCCCGAAGUCGUCACGGUCGACCUUUCCGCGGAACGCCCGAAGCGAGCCCGAAAGUCGAUCGGCUCGUUCCUCCCCGUCUCCAGCCCUGAGGAACCUCCCGCAACCCGCUUCAUCGUCCUGGCGACAGACGGGCUCUACGACCGACUGGACAACCAGGAGAUUGUCUCACUCGUCGGCGCCCACCUCUGCGGCUUGCGCGGCGACCAGACUCGCCAAGCCGUCCUCUCGAACUCGGUCGACCCAACCGCGGUUUCCGGCCCGCACAACUCGCACGCGCCACGGCAGCAGCCUACGCGCGGAGAGGGCGAGGUGUUCACGUUCGAGGAUGGGAAUCUGGCGACGCACUUGAUUCGGAACUCGCUGGGCGGGGCGAAGAGGGAGCAGGUUUCGGUUCUGUUGAGUGUGCCGGCGCCGCUGAGUCGGAGGUACCGCGACGAUAUCACCUGCACGGUCAUCCUCCUCGGCGACGCGUCCAAGGACGGCGAGGGGGGCAGCGGCGGCGUGUACAGGCGCGAGGAAGGGUUCGAGACGCCUCUCAAGGCCAAGCUGUAA